UAGAUGACUAAUAAUGUAGAUCCCUCAAAUGGCUCCAAAGUAUGGAUGGGACUCUAAAAGUUCAUUAUCUUUUUUAUGAGUCAACAACAAAGAUAUCUAGGUAUUUCUUCCAUUGUUUACAUCCUUUAAAGCUAAAGCAAUCUGGAAAUACCUUCAAGCUCUUUUCAAACUUGGUUAUACUCUAUUUAUUCAUUUGAAGCAUAGUCCUCUAGUCCCUUGUGUGCCACCUUCCCUCCCAACAAAAUAUACCAACAUCCAAAUACACUUUGUUUCUCACGAGAUGUCUCCAACAGUUAUUCUGAUUAGGCAUGCUCAAGCUGCUCAUAGUUAGUUGAUAAGAUGCACUUACAAUGAAUACGGGUUCUGACUAACGUUGCACAAGAUGUGUCUCAUAAGUCACCCUGCAAUAUCCUUUGUGAUCUGAGCUGAUCUUUCAGGGCACGCAAUUAUGAACUACACGAUCCGGCAUUGACCGAUCUUGGCUUGGGAACACAAUGUGAUGAGUUGGCAAGCUUUCUCGAGAAUGAUCCACUUGCUCAAGAAAUUGAUCUCAUUGUGGUGAGCCCCAUGAGACGAACCUUGCAAACAGCACAGCAAGGCCUGGGCUGGUUGAUGAAGCGUGGUGUCCCCGUUAUACUUCGACCAGAAUGGCAGGAGAACUCAGACAAGCCAUGUGAUACAGGAACGCCCAUUGAACUUAUGGAGAAGGAGUGGCCACAAUUUGACUGGUCAUCCGUCGAUCCACUCUUUCCAGCGAAGUCUGGUGUCUAUGAGUUUUUGAAGAAGGCCUUGACUGAGCGAGGAAUCGCAGCUAGAAAGUGGUUACAGCAACGCCCAGAGAAAGUCAUCGCUGUGGUCUCUCAUUCAGCAUUCCUCAGGACUUGCGUCAGCUACAGACAUUAUGCGAAUGCGGACUAUAGAAUUUUUGAUUUUGCUGAUGGAGAUGGACAAGGAAAUGCUGAGCUCGUGGAACGGGAGGUGACCCAAUCAAGAGGUGGAGGCUUAGGAAAGAGUCCGAAGGGGGUCGCUGGAAUGACCGUUGAUGAUUACCCUAAUGAGAUCGAAAAGGGCAUUGGCGAGGCAACAAAUGAGCUUCCAAACUAGCUCGGAUUUCCCAACGUGCAAGCUUAAAGGUAGAGCGCGUUGUUCAUUGCUGAGAUGGCUUGAGAGCAAGCACCUUAAACACCUUUCAAUAUAUCUAGAUUUUUGAAAAUAUAUAUUCUUUCCAUGAUAUUGGGCUCAAAAUCGAUUAUUCAAGCUACCAUUACCUCCUCCAGUGUGUUCAACAGUCCUCCUGCUGCAAUCGAACAAUGAAUAAGCCUUUAGAAACUUCACAUCGAUUUGAUUGUUGAAGCUACUAAUUCGUUUUGGAUAUCGAAAAGUAUUCAAACACUCAAUCGAUUU